AUGUUCCCUUCGAUCAAUAUUGACACGCUCGAAUUAAAAACUGUGAAACGUUGUUUGAUGGUGAAUUACUCCGAGGAAGAUGAUACCAUUGACAUUCGCCAUUAUGCUAUCCGAACAGUCGCCUCAGGUCUGAACAAAUCUGUGCGAAAAUUGGUACAGGCCGGCAAGUCAACCACUAAGGAUUUGCCAGAUCUCUCGAAAAUAUAA